AUGGUACAUGCAUGGGCUGGCAGCGCGGGCGGCGGCGUGACGCUGUCGGCCGAGCCCUCGUGCUGCGGCGACGACGACGGCGACGGGGGCGACCCGGCCGCCGAGCCCCUGGAGGAGGCGGCCUGCUUCUACGGCGCCGUCAGCCGGGAGACGGCCGAGUGGAUCCUCUGGGAGCGGGGGUGCGCCGACGGCCUGUACCUGCUGCGCCGAAGCGGGCCCGACUACGUGCUCUCGCUCUGCUUCGACCGCAGCGUGCUACACUACCGGAUACGCAGGCUCGCCGGGGCUGGCGUGGAGCUGUGUGGCCUGCCGGGCCAGCAGUUCCGCGACCCGUGGGCCCUGCUCGAGGGCGUGCAAGGCCUGGCCACGAGACCUUCGCUGCCCUGCAAUCGGGCCAGGGACGCCAUGCUGCCGCCCACGCACUGGGGGCUCUCGGACGACACCGUGCGCGCCUUCAUGCUGCUCAAGGCGCGCCAGUGGGGCAUGGACGAGCAGCAGCUGGAAGGCAGCCCCACGCCGCCGUCGCCGCAGGGAGUGCGUCCCGAAGGCAGCCCCGGCCCCGGGGACCUGCGGUCGCUGCUGAGCAAGACCCUGCACGAGAUACAACCCUGGUUCCACGGACGCCUGAGCCGAGCCGACGCCGAGAGGCGACUUCAGGACGCGGGCCACCUGGACGGACGAUUCCUAGUACGGGAGCGGGACGACAGCAGCUACGCCCUGUGCCUCAGCCACGGCGGCUCAGUGAAGCACUACAAGGUGGACGUGACACCUAGCGGCGAGUUUGCCAUCCAGGAUGGGCAGCGCUUCCCCAGCAUCAUGUCGCUGAUCAGCCACUACACCUUGUUCAGCGACGGUCUCUGGUGCCCGCUGACCGAGGCGUGCGUGCGCCCCGACUGCCACCUGGUGGCCAAGCCGACCACCACCGCCAGCAGAGCGGAGCAACGGCGAAGCUUCGCCGCGACCACCACCACCACUGCACGCACAGGCAUCCUCAACCGCCUCGUCGCGAGCAUCACGCCGCAGCAGGCCAUGGAGCGGUCACGGACCAUGCCUCGGCUUCGGGCACCGUCACGGCUUUCCUGCUCGUCGCCGCCCCCGCAGCAACAGCAGCACCACCACCACCACUCGCCGGCGGCCUCCACCGCGGCCACCAUCGGCUGCCACCACUCCUCGUCGGGCGCGCACACAUCGUCGGGCGGAGGCCGGCGCUCGGCCACGGGCAGCCGGCUGCACAAGGCUUCCAGCUUCGACCACCUGCUACCGGGAUUCAUCAGCUACCUGUUCUCGGGAGACGGAGACCGAAAGACUCUUCGCCGCAAGAGCUCGGGCGGCAAGCGACUGCCCGAGAUGGAGCAGACCCUCCCGCGUCGGGUGCCCUCGGUGCCGUCCGAGUACUCGUGCGAGCGUCCCGUGCCGGCGCCCCGACACUCGCUGGCGCGCAGGGACUACCAGGAGGACCCGGUCUACGCGAACCGGCAGGCGCUGCUGCGGCGAGCUGCCGCCGCUGCUGCGUCCGCCGAGUCCGGACCGGCGGCCCCCGCCGCGGACGAGGCCCCCCUCGCCGAAGAGAAGCCCACCCAGGAAGAGUUGGCCCCGCUGAUCGAGCUGGAGAGCCCUCCGCCCGGUCCUCCAACCCCGCUGUCUUCGUCGUCGGUGCCCAACCCCGGCGGACCCUGUCGGCGAAGCGCCUCCUCACCCAGCGUGGCCACGCGCGCCCUGGUGCUCUCCGACCUGGACUCGUUCCCGCAGCCGGUGCCGCUGCCGGACGAGGCUCGGAGCCCGUCUCCCACGCUCAUACUUUUCUCGGAGUGCGGCGACCUGGAGGACGGCCCGUACGAGGAGAUAGACUCGGCGGGCAGCCUCUCGGACUCGGCCACGCUUCCUGGAUCGGACAGCGGUGGCGGCGGCAGUCCGGCCAGCGGCCGUCUGAUCGACGACUCCCAGGAGGAUGAGCCUCCUCUCCCCAAGGACAAGGACUCGAGCGCGCCGGCCUCGCCCGAGCGAUACCUGCCACCGGCGGCCGGAUCAGAUGGUGGUCUCAAACCGUGGCUGUCGAAAGAGGAGUCCGAGUCAGCUUACCAGGCCAUGAAGCGCUUCGUCAGCGGACCCAUGAGCCUCGACCCCAAGCUUAUCGUCCUCAAGGACAGAAUCGGCGUCGGCAACUUUGGCGAAGUGCACCGUGCCUUGUUCGGCAGUGGACCCGUGGAAGUCCAGAUAGCGGUGAAGAGACUCAGGGACACAAUAGUGGGCGAUCACAAGGAGGAAAUCAUGAACGAGGCGCAGACCAUGGCCCAACUAGAUCACCCGCACAUCGUCCGUCUCAUUGGGGUAUCCCAGAGCCAAUCGCUGAUGCUGGUCAUGGAGCUGGCUCCACUGGGGCCCCUAAACCGUUUUCUCAGGCUUAACAGAUCCCAGCUCCGGCAGGACGGCGCCGGCCGUGUGCUUGCGCUGGCAUCGCAAGUGUGCGGCGCCAUGGCUUAUCUGGAAGCGAGGCAGCUCGUCCACCGGGACCUGGCCGCGCGGAACGUCCUCCUGGUCAACGACCGCUUCGUUAAGGUCUCGGACUUUGGCAUGACGCGAGCGCUGGGCUCCGGCAAGGACUACUACAAGGCGCAGGCGGCGGGCAAGUGGCCUCUCAGGUGGUACGCGCCAGAGUGCAUCUACUUCUUCAAGUUCAGCACCAAGACGGACGUGUGGAGCUUUGGCGUUACCCUCUGGGAGGCCAUGUCUUACGGCGAGAGGCCCUACCAAGGACUGGCGGGCCAGAGCAUUCUGGCAAUGCUGGAAAGUGGCAAGCGACUGGAACAGCCUGACGACUGUCCUGACCGGGUUUAUCAACUGAUGCAAUCCUGUUGGCAGUACAAGCCCGAUGACCGGCCCUCGUUCACUGAAAUCUGCGCCACGCUACGAGAGGCACUAGAAGACUGCACCUGACUGGGCGCUCAAGACACGGCCAGCGUGACCAAGUGUCCGAGUGGUACAAGCGCCGAUGGCUUAGACGCUGCCAGUAACCUGACGUCAGCGGUACACCCGGCUCCUCAGCCGGGAACACAGUACCUCAAGGCACCAAUCUGUGAUGUUGUUACAGCAGUUUAGAGGCGGAAGGCGCCACCACGCAACCGUCGACAAAUGCUCAUGGCGCUUAACUGUUGCUUCGUCGGUCGGUCAGUCGGUCAGUGUGAGGGGCGUGUUUGAAAAAACGUUCUAGUCCAUGACUGACACCGCACCGAGAACAGUAUAGAAGGCCAAGAAAACGCUGCAGUUCUCUGAGCCACAGUAGUACGACUGCCGAGGGAAUGGAAUGUUAAAAAGAAACACACGUAAUUGCCUGCAGACUUCUUCAAUCGUACCAUUUCCGAAACUGCUCAUAAAAGCCCUCGUAUUCUGGGGUAGCUUUUUCUGGAGCCUUACGUUUACAUGAUUUAUGAUCCACCCAGUGAACAACAAAUUGAAACUUGUCAUCGCCAUUUGCCUGUUCAGCAGAACUACAAAUGGCUGACUAAAAGAAUGUGGUACUGACGAAAAAUAUGGGUUUAUUUGGGUUUGUUCACAAUGGACAUAGAUAACUUUCUUUCGCUGUCGCUGUGCCCAAAACGUGGUGUAUUAUAGUUAAUUUGUUCACCGUAGGUGAUGUGGAAGUUGGUCACAUCACCGACAGCCAUUUACUGUACUUGGCUUUCGAUAAAUGGGGUCGAUGAAGAGUUCUGUCACUGGUAUGAUUGAAGAGCUCUGGUUACCAGGCGUUCUGCCCUCCAAAGAACAUGGCGUGCACGCGUGCGCGUGAAGUCUAGCGCACUUCCCGUCCGCCAUCUUGCGCACUUCAAACGCGUGUACGCUAAGGCUUCUCUUUGUGAGAGCAAGUAAGCCGCGAAGACACCAGGUCGUCUAGUGAGAGCUUAUGAAGUUAUCGUUACGCACAGACGAUUCACCUCUGAGGGACACCAAGCCCAGCCCAGUGAUUGGGACGCAAGAACAGCACUCGAAAAGGCACGAUUAGAAUUUUUCAUAGUUUACUAGGAACGCAAUAAUGAAUGACUACCGUUGCGGUGUGCAGCUCAAACAAAGAGAAAAAAACACACACCUGUUCAAAGAGAGCGA